GUGUAAUCUACACGAAGAAAAGAAAAAAGUGAAGACAAAGAAAACCAUGGCAGCCAUGUCCAUGACAAGAAACGCAAUCUUCAACUUCUCAAAGGCCUUCCCUACGAGAAAAUCUUCACUCUCCUUCAGAUAUUCCCGCAAAGUCUCGAGGGUUUGCUUCACGCACUCCUCUAAACACUCCGAGGGCCAACAUGCCUCGGAAGGAAACAGAGACUCGGCGCACUGGUCCAGGGAGGAGCCCGUGACCGAGCCUGGGGAUCGACAUGUGACCGACGAAGCAAAAGAAGCCGCGAAGGAAGGCUUGGAGAGAACCAAAGAACGUGCACACGGAGUGAAAGAGAAAGCAAAAGAGUAUUCUCAGGAUACCAAGGAGAAGACGAAGGAAGGGGCAUAUAGAGCGGCAGAGACGGCAGAGAGUGCAAAGAAGAGAGCCAAAGAGUACGCGCACGACGCAAAGGAGAAGACUAAAGAUGUAGCCGGUUCGGUGGCUGAUAAGGCCAAAAAGGGAAUAAAUAGAGCGGCCGAGACAGCACACAGCGCUAAAGAGAAAGCAAAAGAGUAUGCUUACGACGCCAAGGAGAAGACCAAAGACACUGCGAGGUCUGUCUCUCAAAAAGCUAACGAAGGGGAGACAAGAGCGGCCGAGACAGCGGAAGAUGUUAAGGAAAGGUCCAAAGACAAUGUCCAUGGUGUAAAGGAAAAGACUGAACAUGUGGUGGGGUCAGUUGCCGAGAAGGCGGCGGAGGCAGUGCAGAAUAUCGGAGAGAAGGCGAAGCAGACGGUGAAGGACGCGUGGGGUGCCGCCAAAGAGACUACGCAGAAGAUUAAGGAAACUGUGGUUGGGAAAGACGAUGAUGAUGAUUUUGGAGGGAAAACUAUGGACGAUGAUGUGGUGGAAUUGAGGAGGCGUGCUGGAAACCCAAAUAAACAGAGCGAUUAAUGGGGGUUUUUCUUCUUGCUAUAUUUCCAUAGCUCUAUAGAUAACUGAGAGGUCAUGAUGAUAUGAUGCUUUUUCUUUCCAGUGUUUAUGGAGUUCAAGCUGUAACAGAAUUAUUUUUCGUUUUUUAAUAUGAUCAUAUAACUGCAAUUAAAUAGAAGACCGGAGGCUUCUUGCACCGUAUGCAUGAGAAAUUGGGAAAUUUUCAAUCUAGUUAGUACAAUUGAAAUCCUGUUUACUUUAAAAUUUUAAAAUUCAUGUAGAGCUCUUUACUUUAAAGAAGAUUGGUUGGACACUUUGAGCUGCGCUGAA